GGCAGCAAGCGGGAAUGGAGGAGCCGGAGCUGGGUGCGGGCUCCUCCCCGCGGCGCUUCACCUGGGAGGAGAUCGGGCUCCGCACGGGCCGGGGGCACCCGCAGCAGGAGCGGUGGCUGGUGAUCGACAGGAAAGUCUAUGACAUCAGCCAAUUCUACCGGCGGCACCCGGGGGGCGCCCGAGUCAUCAGUCACUACGCGGGGCAGGACGCCACGGAUCCUUUCACAGCGUUCCACCUUGACAAGGCUCUGGUGAGAAAGUACAUGAGCUCGCUGUUGAUUGGGGAACUGGCAUCGGAUCAACCCAGCUUUGAGCCCAGCAAAAACAAAUUGCUGGUAGAGGACUUCCGCGAGCUGCGCACCACCGUCGAGAGGAUGGGACUCCUCAACCCCAACCAUCUCUUCUUCUUCCUGCUUCUCCUGCACAUUCUGCUGCUGGAUGCUGCCGCUUGGCUCACCAUCUGGUACUUUGGAUCAUCCUUGCUGCCUUUCCUCUUCUCUGCAUUACUGCUAGGCACCGUCCAGGCUCAGGCUGGGUGGCUCCAGCACGAUUUUGGGCACCUCUCGGUGUUCAGCAAAUCCAAAUGGAACCACUUGGUUCACAAGUUUGUGAUUGGACAUCUGAAGGGUGCGCCAGCCAGCUGGUGGAAUCAUCUGCACUUCCAGCACCAUGCCAAACCCAACUGCUUCCGCAAGGACCCUGAUGUUAACAUGCACCCCUUAUUUUUUGCUUUGGGAAAGACGCUGUCUGUGGAGCUCGGAAUGAAGAAGAAGAAGUUCAUGCCUUACAACCACCAGCACAAGUACUUCUUCAUCAUUGGACCCCCAGCCCUGGUGCCUCUCUACUUCCAGUGGUACAUAUUCUACUUCGCAGUGCAGCGCAGACAGUGGGUGGACCUGGCCUGGAUGCUGACCUUCUACAUCCGAUUCUUCCUCACCUACUCGCCAUUACUGGGGGCGAAAGGGCUCCUGGGGCUCUUUCUUCUGGUCAGGCUCAUAGAGAGUAACUGGUUUGUCUGGGUGACGCAAAUGAACCACAUCCCCAUGCACAUCGAUUACGAUAAGAACGUGGACUGGUUCUCUACUCAGCUCCAGGCAACGUGUAAUGUUCACCAGUCUCUGUUCAAUGACUGGUUUAGCGGGCACCUGAACUUACAGAUCGAACACCACCUUUUCCCCACAAUGCCUCGACACAACUACUGGAAGGUGGCCCCCCUCGUGAAGUCCCUGUGUGCCAAGCAUGGCAUCGAGUACCAGUCCAAGCCCCUGUUCACUGCCUUUGCAGACAUUGUGCACUCUCUGAAGGAUUCGGGGGAGCUCUGGCUCGAUGCCUAUCUACAUAAAUAAGCAGCAGCAGCUCCAAACAGAGGUAUUCCCCACCCUCGCUGCCUCCCAGGGUGGUCACCAUGAAGACACAGGACAAAGAGCUGGCUGAGCCAGGGGUGUGGAGCUGGGCAAGCUUAAUUCCAGUAAUGAGUGUGGGGUUUUUUAAAGAUGUUUGUUCUUAGUCCUUCUCAUGCUUCUCCUACUCCUCCUUUUUUGGGACUGAAUAAUAGAGAGGAUCAGAAUGGAGGAGACCACCCGCCAGGAAGGAGGAGGAGCCUGUAGGUCUGGGAAUUAACACCCUUCUGUCUGGUGACAUUUCACUUGCUGUGUCUGUAGGAGAGAAACCUUUUAUCUAACAUAGAUAUUUCUGAGAUGCCUGGCAGCUUGCUCCCCCCGCUCUGCUCCUUCCCCAUGUGAAAGAAUCAAGGAAGUUGGGACAGUCUGAGAGCACUGAAGUUAGAAGUUGGGGUGGUGGGAAGAGGGAGAAAUAAGGAGAAAUGUAAGUGUGGAAAAGAGAAGAAACUGUGUAGGUGCUAUGUUGUUAAACAUCAUUGUACAUUUAAGAAUGGUAAACCAAGUGCCCAAACCUUGGGGGAGUGGGGUAGAGAAGAAAGGCCAAACCACCAGGCAAGGGCUUAGACUACUUUGUAGGAUGAGUGUGAGAAGAGAAAGACCAAACCACAGUGCAGGCACUGGUGGGAUGCCGGAGCUGUUCCCUAGAUGUGGGGUGCUUGGCAUGCUGUGUCUAAUGGGAGUGCUGCUACAUAUAUGCAUUGAGUGCUUUUUUUUUUUUUUUUUUGUAGAGGUAGGACAGUGAGCCCCUGGAUCUCUGGGUUAAUUAUCAUAUUGCAACUUCCACUGGAGAUGGCAUGAGUAGCUUCCACAGUGCCAUACCCUAAAAGUGAAAGAGUUGAUGGACCAGUUACUGAUACUCUAAAAAGAUAGACAUUAAUGCAAGGGGAACCUCUAGUCCCCCCAGAUUAGCUGCUACAGUGCCCCCAGCAAUUUAGAUUAGGAAGAAGAAUGUAUAACCAAUCCAUCGCUCCUUGGGAGUGUACUCUCAUUAUACUGCACCCUUUGGCUACUGAGGACUUUGUAAAUAGGGAGAAAACUCAGGAUUUUUUGCAUAUGAAGCACAGGAUGGUCCCAUGUGAGCUACAGGCAAAUCUUCUUCCACUGUUGAGGCAAUAGGGUUCAGGACUCCACUUGAACAUGUCUAACAUUCCAGCCAGCAGAAGGCUGUGGGGGACACGCAUUGCACAA